AUGGCGGUUUCCAUGUUGGAGGAAAAACUGGCCAAAAGCCUUGAAUGUGCCAUUUGCUUGGAUACGUUUGAUGACCCAAGAAUGUUAAGAUGUCAACACUCCUAUUGCAGAAAGUGUCUGGAGAAAAUCGUUGUGAGAGUUGGCAGUACUUACAAGCUCACCUGUCCUGAAUGCAGAGAAGACAUCAAGGUAACUUAUGUAUUAUAAAACAUACUGUGACGUAACAAUAAUAAGAACUUAUAGCGUUUCGCUUUUAUGUUAUGAAAAGCGUUUUUUAUUUGUCACCUUUGCUGAAAUCUCUGAUGGCCCCAAUCCACCAACUAUUCAAAGGCAACCAAGGCUGUAAACACCCACAGGAAAAUUCCAUUUUGGGGACCUUCUGAUGCCUAUUCGCGUCUUAAUGAAAAGCCGGGUUGCUUGUUUAGUUGACGAAAAGAAUGCUCUCCUGAACGUGUGUGGGUUACAGUACGUGUUCACACGCAAGUUGUUGACUUGUUAGAAAUCGAUCGAGUGAGAUUUCUGCCUGAUACAAAAACAAAGACUGCAUAAAUACCCCUCAUAAUGACAUCAAAGUGACAAGUUUCAAUGUGGUUACAGAGGUUAAAAAAAUGAGAGCCUCUGAAGUUUUUAAAUAUUGUAACCAAUCUUCUCUCCAAUCAUGACCAAUCGUUCCCUGAAGAAGUCGUGCCGUUUUUAACGAAAUGUAAAAAUGAAUAAUAGAGUCUCACAGCUUUACAGUCAGCUUUGCUUUUUUUCUGUAAAUUAAAAACAAAACUUUGCUGACAAGAUGUACCAGGACCUGGCAACUUUGAUUUGCACGUUGGCCUCUGAAAAUCCCGCCCCCCAUUGCAGUGUGCGCGGCCACAGAAACCUCUCCAAAAUAUCUGUGUGAAAAAGGUUAAGGUACGAAUGGUAAGCCCUCCGUCAAUAUUCUUGCAAAGUCUUCCUUAUAACUUCACGUUCAUCAAUUCUCUAACUUUAGCUGCCCAUCUGUUUGAGAGAAUAUGAAAUGUUGAUCACUCUGUAUUAAGCGGUCACCCUCGGGGAAUGGCUAAGUGACUGCUUAAUACAGGGUGACCGCUUAAAGUACAGGUAGCAAGAAAUACAAUUCAAAGAAUUCGAUCUCCAGUGCUGAUCAGAUCAGACGUUUGACCUCAAAUAGAAACAUUCAUUUCCGGCGUUUUAAUGAUUUGCGAAAAUGAACAAGGAAAUCAAUUGUUGUACCUCGUGUGUUACAUUAUUUGAAACUGUAUGAACAAGUAAUUGACACUGUGUGACCGUUUAAUACAGGUCAAGACAAUAGAAAAAGUCCCGUUGGGACUUUGCAAAUGGUGACCGCGACCGCUUAAUAGAGGUCGAAAUUACAGUACAUCAAGGGAAUUAAUUUUCGGGACUUUUAAAGCUGACCACUUAAUAGAGGGUGACCGCUUAAUACGGUGUCGCUUAAUAAAAGGUUCGACUGUAUGUUUAUUUUACAACAAAACAAUAAAUCAUGGUAAUAACAAAACGCGAAGAUGUAGCAAAGCAAGGUUUCUGCAAAAUACUUUGAAGACACUUCGUCUUCGGGAAGUCUCUUAUUAGUACUUAUUCAAUUUUGCGGGGGGCGGGGUGGGAGGGGGAAGGGGGUGGGGCUUAAGGUUAGCUUAGGGUUGUUCGAGGCUGGGCGCUUAAUAUAUUUUUCUGCCUUUAGGAUGGGCGCUUCCGAGGUGGGCGCUUAUUCGAAUAAAUACGGUAUUUGAUUUUUUUUAUUGUGAUUUUAAUAUUAGCUUCCAAGGCGUGGUGUAGCAAGUCUUCAAUCCAACCUUUUGAUUAACGAGCUUUUGAGCCUGCAGCUUAAUACUGGUGUCCAAUCCAACGAAAAUUCUCCUUGUGAUAAGCACAGUGAGGAAUUACUGGAACUCUUUUGCGAAAAAUGCGAGGAGCCCGUCUGUAAAGCCUGUUUGGUGAUCGAUCACCGCGACCAUUCGUACUCGUUAAUCAAAGAUGUGUUUCCACGUAUCAAGAGAGAGGUCUUAACAAUGAUGCGUGAGGCAAGACCGAAGAUCUCUGCUCUUAGAGCAGAAGUCAUUUCUAUUGAAGACGAAGAAACCAAGAUACGAGACAAUGCGGAAGCUGUGAGUCAAGAGAUCGAUGCUUUCAUUGAUACUUUGAUCAAUAAACAGACUGCGAAUCUCGAGAGUGAAAGACGUCGCUUGAAGCAAGCGGUAUCUGAGAAGACGUCGCUUCAAUUAAGUAAAUUUCAUGAUCACAAGGAAGCUUUACUCACGUCUCUCGGUAGUUUGGAGUUUGCUGAACAAUCAUUAGAUCCAGAAAGCAGGAAUAAGGCUGAAUUUAUACGACGUAAAGCGGAGGUAGCAAGUAAAAUAACGGAGCUUCGUUCACUUGCAGAAGAAUUUCGUCCUUGUGAAAAAGUCAUCUUUAAUCUUCACAACGCAACUCCUAAAGAGGAAAAUGUGAAAGAGCUCGGAAAAAUUACCGUGCGUGGUGAAUACUGUUUAGGUAUGAGUGGAGGAGAAGAAGGGAUUCUCUACACAGGUAGAGGUGAACAAUGGUGUGAUUUUAUCUUCACCGUAACACGUGAUAGAUCGUUGAGAUCUGAAGUUCAUCGAAAUUUUAUGGACCAUUUCAAAGUCAUCGUAUGGAGUCCAAAUGGCGAGAUAGCCCUCCCUUCUUCUUCACUCGAGAGCAAAGGCAAUGGUUCUCGCGGUUUCCGUUUUCGACCCACUUGGUCUGGUGACUAUAAGAUUUCUAUUUCAAAUGAAAAACUGUUCGGGGGUGAAGUUCAUGGUAGUCCGUUUAUUUGGAAAGUCCUGCCGUCCCUUCAAUUAAAUUCUUUGGUGUGCUGGAUCAACAGCAUUGGUCGUCGAGAUUACACUUACUUGAGUAAUAGUGUUCUUGAAGACGGACAGCAUUCUUGGAGAGUACGAUUGUUAGUGCCGGAAGGGCCUCAGGAUACUUCCCAUGACUUCCUUCAGAUAGGAGUAAGACAUCCCUAUCGCGGUACAUUUUGGGUUUGGUGGAAUGGAUAUCGCUCCUCUCCCGACAAAUGCGUUCCCAGCACGCUAUCGAUUAAUUCUUUUCAACGCGGUGAUCUGCUCAUUUGUUUCUUAGACUUGGACAAAGGAGAGCUAAAGAUUUACAACGAUCGCACAAGAGAGUCAGACACCUGGCGGGAUGUUGAAGCUCCUGUCAAUAUUUACCUUUAUCCAGAUAGUUUAUUUCUCAGCACACUUUUCGCUGUCUAA